AUGAAUUCAAAUUCAAAAGAAAGUUGGGCAGCUCAGAAUGGUAAAGGAGAUUAUGCAGUUGAAUUAGUGGACGAAAUAGUUGAUAAAUUGAAGAAACGUAACAAACUGAUAAAAUUGGCAGAUCGUUCCGAAUUUCGUUGGGAAACUACCCGCCAGUAUGAAACUAAACCCCAUAGCAACGAUAGUGAUGAGGCUGAAAGAGGUGUCAUGCAACUCAAGAAACGACAUAUAGUGCAGUGUACAACUAUGGUGGAAAUCAACUUAGUUCAGUAUGAGCAGGGACAAGAAGCUUUUAUUAUUAAGGGUAGAUUACUUGCGAAUAUCGAAUUUCGGAAAAAUAUUGGAGCUAGUAAUUUUAUUGUAGAUGUUAUUUCUAAAAUAUUUCUAAAUCUGGUUUACAUAGCCUCCUCAGGUGGAGCUACAGCGAUCUGA